UAAUAUAAAAUAUUUUAAAAUUGCUGUUAUAUUUGACGAAGCAACAUUUUAUCGGAAAGUUUCUUACAAUCACAAUUGUAAGAAUUAAUGUUCAGUUUGAUGACGUAAUUAAAAAAUAUUCAAGUUUUUUUUCACUCGUGACGAGUUUUAAAUCUAAAAAAUUUUUAAUGUUAAUAUCCUCCCUCCAAUGCAAGUUUUCUGUUGAAAAACUAAAACCUAACAGAAUGUUGUUUUUGCGGCGGGUACAUAAGAUCAAUCCGAACAGUAAUCCAGUCGUAAAAUGAAAAUAAAAAAAUCAUUACGUCGUGACUGUCAGGUCACGUGUUUCAAUUUGUGUCGACGUUUCCUCUGCUAGACGGUGGAAGUGGUCAGUCCAGAACUAGGUUUAUUACUGUGUUUUUUUCCUUCUUGAAUUGUGAUUUCCUGAGGAAAUAUUACAACGUCGCAGAACAAGAUGGCAGAUGUGAAGAAGAGACCAAUGUACCAAAUCAUCAAUGGAGUUAGGAACCCCGCCUUCUUCUCACCAAAAUGUUUUAUGGAAGCCAUGAACUACAAACCAACUUCAGAUGACGUCUUCAUUGUAACGUAUCCGAAGUGCGGCACAACAUGGAUGCAAGUCAUUGCGUUGCACAUUUUCCGGAAAGGCCGGGAAUUGGAAGACCCCAAAGAUUUUUUUAGGGCAUCACCUUUCAUUGACAAGUUAGGAAAAGAAGGCAUUGACAACAUGCCCAGACCAGGAGCAAUGAAAACGCACCUACCUUAUAACCUAAUGCCGUAUUCCCCCGAUGCAAAAUACAUAUUUGUGGUGCGCGAUCCAAGAGACUGCUGCGUUUCCUUAUUUUACCACACGAGAAAUAUAUUAAAAUUUGGAUUUUGGGAUGCAACGUUUGACGAUUUUUUCGAACUAUUCAUGGCUGGAGAAGUGGAGUACAACGAUUAUUACGACCACCUACUGUCCUUGUAUCCCCAUCGGAAUGAUCCUCAAGUGUUUUUUGCUAAGUAUGAAGAUAUGAAAAAAGACACGAAGAAAAUCGUGCUGGAUCUAGCCAAGUUUCUUGGUCCCGAGUACAUUGAUGCGAUUGAGAAGGACAACGCUGUUUUAAACAACAUCUUGCAAUUUAGUGGAUUUGACUAUAUGAAGAAGAAUAUGUCCCACUUGUAUGAACUGACACCAAGUUCGUUCAUUACAUCGGAUUCGAAAACGGGGGAAAUCACAGAGGCCGAAAAAUAUCAGCAGGAAUAUUUGAAAUCUCUGAAGCUUCCAGAAAAUCCGCCAUCGUUAGAAUUUAUUCGCAAGGGAAUCGUAGGUGAUUGGAAGAAUCAUUUUUCUUCCGAACAAACAGAAAGAUUCGUUUCGAAAUUUGUAGAAAGAACAAAAGGAACUGAAAUUCAAGACUGGUAUUUGAUUGCGUAAUCGAACACUUUUUCUAUACUAUAUAUUCCAUAUCUGUGUGGUAAUUUACUGCUCCAGCGUCAUUGGAACAAUCGUUAUGGUGCAUUUUCAGUGCGGUACGAUCAUAGUUAAGAUUUUCUUUCUUAAUUUAUAUCCAUUUGUGUAGUUGUGUAUAAAAAAAGAUUACAGUUUGUUUUCUUUUUCUUCACUUUUAUUUAUUUAUUUUAAAAUAAAUGAUUCGAAGUUGUACUUGCCUUCAUUAUUACUAAAUUGAAAUAUUGCUUCUUGUAAAAAGGUGUUACAAAAUGUAACGUUUUAGAGUUUCCCGUAAAUUUAACACUUUAAUCAGGUCUCCGAAAAAGAAAAAUUUAAUUGGGAUCACAAUGGCUUGCAUCUACGGGUAUAUAACCUCCUCGAUAAAUAAAAUACAUUUAAACAUUUUACUCUCAUGUUUUUGAUAGAAGAUAUCGAUACUACGAUAUUAUAUCGUCCAGAUUUUUUCUUUCCUAAUUUUAAAUUUCAUAAAAACUCAACGGUUUUGUUGUUUUUUUUUUUUUUUUUUUUUUUUUUUUUUUUUUUUUUUUUUUAAGGCAGUCAAAAGAUAUAACGAGCCACGACAUAAACUUACUUUUGUUCAGGAACACCCAAAAAAGUAUUCUCUCCUUUCCGAUGCAUUGCACAAUCAAGGAUGCCCCGAUAGGAGAUCGGAAGAGGUCCCUGUGACCUCCCAAAAGCUUUCUUUUAUUCUGUGAAUUGGUAGUCAGUAUUGCAAUUUUUUCGAAAGGAUAAAAUCUCUUUAAGAUUACAUGUAGGUAUGUGUACAUGCUUGCAUUUUGCUGUUCGCAUAAUUGAGAAUUUCUUCCAUCCCAAACAUUUAAUUUACGGGUGCCACUAUGGCUCAAGAGUGAAUAAUAUUCAAAAAAUUCCGAUAGCUUGUGAUCGUUUGCUCUUGUCUUUCUGCUAAAAAUAGAUCGCGAACGAGUUUCUUCAUACAAAUUAUUUUUUUAGAAACUAUCAUUUUGUUCCAUUCACAUUUUGUAUCCUAUUUUUGCUCUGUUCGGCUGAAAAGCAAAAAAAAAAAAAAGUGAAAUUGACAGAUUUAAUGCAGUUUCUGUAACAUGCUCGCGAAAAUUAUCACCUGAAAUUUCUCCUUUUUUUUUCUUUUUAUCUAUUCUAAUUGAAAAUUUUAUACUGAAAUCUUUUUCUUUUAAUCUUGCUUUAGAUUUGUUUUUCCUGCAUUAAUGCAUAACCUGUCUACAUGAAAAUAUUUUGCUUUGUUAUUAUAUUUUUUCUUCAUAAUUCUUAU